AUGUCGAAUUUAUCCAAACUUGUGUUUGUGGCAUUAAAUAUUUCUGGAAAGAAUUAUCUUUCAUGGGUAGUCAAUGCUGAGAUUCACAUGGUUGCUAAAGGUCUUGAUGCCACUAUUACUCAGGAAAAUGAAUCAUCGAGUCAAGAUAAGGCGAAGGCUAUGAUUUUCCUUCGUCAUCAUCUUGAUGAGGGCCUGAAGAUUGAAUAUCUGACGGUAAAAGAUUCACUUGAAUUGUGGACUGAUUCAAAAGGGAGAUAUGACCACCUAAAGGCAACAGUGUUGCCAAGAGCUCGUUAUGAGUGGAUGCAUUUACGAUUUCAGGAUAACCUUCCACAAUAUCGUGAAAAGGGUUUUCAUAAAUAUUCUGAACUAAUCUCAUGUCUUUUGGUGGCUGAGAAACAUAAUGCUCUUUUAAUGAAAAAUCAUGAAGCUCGUCCCACUAGAGCUGCUCCAUUACUGGAGGCAAAUGUGGUGGGAGCAGCUGUUAAUGCUCCAGUUCGAGUUGAUAUCCCGACGGGACAAAUUGUUAAGGCAAAUGAGUCUAGACCACAUUUUAAGCGUGGUAGACCAAUUGGUUUCAAGUAUAAAAAUCCUGAAAAGAGAAAAGGAAUAAAUGAUCAAGAUUACCAUGGGUUGAAAAAAAUUUCUCAAGAUGAGACCCAAGUCAUAAUACAUGAUGAGGAGGAGGUUCUAACUUCUGAAAAAAAUGAAAUUUCAAUGAAUUAUGUCUCAACAAAAAAGUUGUGGAACCGAAAUAAUAUUGUGAUUGACAACACUUUUGCCUAUAAUGUUGCUAUUGACAUAAUGCAACAAGAUGAAGAUUUUUAG